AUGGAUAUCAUCUUUGAGACCCCGGAAGGCAGAGCUUUCUCCAUUGAAAUCGGCUUCUUUGACACUGUCCUGGAAAUCAAAGAAAAGGUGCAGAAGUACCAGGGAAUUCCUGUGGCUAGACAAAUUCUUGUAUUCAAUGGCCAAGUUCUCGAGGAUGAGCGGGAUGUCGAGUAUUGUGUACUCUUCCAGGACUGUCGAGUUCAACUCCUCAUCGCCGAUGAACCUCAAAUUAAUGAAGAAGAAUCUUCCCCGUCCAAGAAAAUCCAACUCAAGAUCAAGAUACCAUCCUCCAGGGCCUCCGUUCCUCUUGAGAUGGACGUGGACGACACCGUCCUACGGUUAAAAGAAAAGAUUCAUGAGAUGGAACCUAUCCCUGUCAACAGGUUGGUGCUCCUGUCAAACAGGGAGGAGUUGCAAGACCAUCGAUCUUUACGCGACUGUGAGCUCACGGACAAUGCUGAGAUUGACGUAUUUAUCAAGCCGACGGCCAUACGUUCAGGGGCAGGGUCGUCGAAGAGGGCCAAGAAGGGGACCAAACGGCUGAAGGUGAUGGUGUUGCCCUGGCGGGGGACCGUGAAGAUACCGGUGGAAGUCAAUCCGUCGGACAAUGUGAAAGAGCUGAGAAAAGAACUGGAAAAGUUGCAGCAAAGAAGUCAGAUCAAUCUCCCUGUAGAAGGUUACUUCUUCAUACAUAAACAGAGUAUACUGGACGAUGAUAAAUCGUUUAGGUGGCAAGAUGUUGCCAAUGGUGAUACCAUUGAAAUCUUUCGCGGAAGGGUUACCAACGGAUCAUGA